GGGGGGUGGAAGGUGGGAGUCGCCCGGGCCCAGGGUCAGAAGUAGGCGCUGAGAACGCCACAGAGGUAACUAAGGUAGUUAAGGUAGCCGAGGGGCGGGAACGCGAAUUCGAUCCGUCACUAUCCCACAAUUCUUAGCGGGGCCGGCACUCUUCCCUGCUCAAGAUGGCGCGCCUGGUGUUGUGUCCCCCGGCCGUGGCCGCUGCCUUUCAACGGCAGCGACUCUCGGCUGCGCUGCUUCGGCCCCUGGGCUCGGUCCUGACCUCCAGCUUCGGCGUGACCCGGCCGCAGAGGGCUGGCGAUUCAUCAGGCAGCUCGGGAAGCCGCCGAGCCUAUCAGAUUUCAGAUACAUUCAGACAAGCCUCAUGGAAGCAUUUUGGGACACACUAUUCAAGACCAUUAUUUGAGAUUACAAAGGCUUCCCAGACGUGGCCAUUGAUAGAAAAGAGGACAUGUUGGCACGGUCAUGCAGGAGGAGGACUCCACACAGAUCCUAAGGAAGGGCUAAAAGAUGUAGACACCCAGAAAAUCCUAAAAGUAAUGCUUUCAUAUGUAUGGCCCAAAGAUAGACCUGAUCUGCGAGCUCGAGUUGCCAUUUCUCUGGGCUUAUUAGGAAGUGCAAAGGCUAUGAAUAUAGUAGUUCCCUUUAUGUUUAAAUAUGCAGUCGACAACCUCAACCAGAUGUCAGGAGAUGUGUUAAACUUGACUGAUGCACCAAAUACAGUAGCAACCAUGGCAACAGCAGUUCUGAUUGGCUAUGGUGUGUCAAGAGCUGGAGCUGCACUUUUUAAUGAAGUUCGAAAUGCAGUAUUUGGUAAAGUGGCACAAAAUUCUAUCCGAAGAAUAGCCAGGAAUGUCUUUCUCCACCUCCACAAUCUGGAUCUGGGCUUCCACCUGAGCAGGCAGACAGGUGCCCUGUCAAAGGCUAUUGACAGAGGAACAAGGGGUAUCAGUUUUGUCCUGAGUGCAUUAGUAUUUAAUCUUCUUCCCAUCAUGUUUGAAGUGACCCUUGUCAGUGGGAUCUUGUAUUACAAAUGUGGUGCCCAGUUUGCACUUGUCACCUUGGGAACAUUGAGUGCAUACACUGCUUACACAAUUGGAGUCACCCGGUGGAGAACUAAAUUUAGAAUAGAAAUGAACAAGGCAGAUAAUGAUGCAGGUAAUGCUGCCAUAGACUCACUGCUGAACUAUGAAACUGUGAAGUAUUUUAAUAAUGAAAAGUAUGAAGCACAGAGAUAUGAUGGAUUCUUGAAGUCUUAUGAGGCAGCUUCACUCAAGAGCACUUCUACCCUGGCUAUGCUCAACUUUGGACAAAAUGCUAUUUUCAGUGUUGGCCUAACAACCAUAAUGGUUCUUGCCAGUCAGGGAAUUGUGGCAGGGACCCUUACUGUUGGAGAUCUUGUAAUGGUGAAUGGGCUGCUUUUUCAGCUUUCGCUACCUCUGAACUUUCUGGGAACUGUAUACCGAGAGACUCGACAAGCACUCAUCGAUAUGAACACUCUGUUUACACUACUCAAGGUAGACACACAAAUUAAAGACAAAGAGAUGGCACUUCCCCUUCAGAUUUCACCACAGACAGCUUCGGUGGCCUUUGAUAAUGUACAUUUUGAAUACAUUGCGGGUCAGAAAGUCCUGAAUGGAGUAUCAUUUGAAGUCCCCGCAGGAAAGAAAGUGGCCAUUGUAGGAGGUAGUGGGUCAGGAAAAAGCACAAUAGUGAGAUUACUGUUUCGGUUUUUUGAGCCCCAGCAUGGUAACAUUUAUAUUGCUGGUCAGAAUUUACAAGAUGUCAGCUUGGAGAGCCUAAGGAAAUCUGUGGGAGUGGUGCCUCAGGAUGCUGUUCUCUUCCAUAACACCAUCUAUUACAACCUUUUAUACGGAAACAUGAAUGCUUCAGCUGAGGAAGUUUAUGCAGUAGCAAAAUUAGCUGGAAUCCACGAUGCUAUUCUUCGGAUGCCUCAUGGAUAUAACACACAAGUUGGGGAACGGGGGCUCAAGCUUUCUGGAGGAGAAAAGCAGCGAGUAGCGAUCGCCAGGGCCAUUUUGAAGAACCCCCCUGUCAUUCUCUAUGAUGAGGCUACGUCAUCAUUAGACUCGAUUACCGAGGAGAAUAUCCUCAGUGCCAUGAGGGACAUGGUGAAACACAGAACAUCUAUUUUCAUCGCACACAGAUUAUCAACAGUGAUUGAUGCAGAUGAAAUCAUUGUCCUGGAUCAGGGUAAAAUAGCUGAGCGGGGGACCCAUGGGAGUCUCCUUGCUAAUCCUGGGAGCAUCUAUUCAGAAAUGUGGCACGCUCAAAGCAACCCUCUAUCAAAUAAUAAUAUCAAAUGGGAAAAGAAGAAAGAGCAGAUAUCCAAAGAGGAGGAAAGGAAGAAACUUCAAGAAGAAAUUAUCAACAGUGUCAAAGGCUGUGGAAACUGUUCCUGCUAAACUCUGCAAGGCAUUUUAAUUGUUUCCUUAAAAACAAAAACAACAAACAAAAAAAAAAACUUCAAAUGACACAUUUGCACUGAUGCAGAAUUCCUGAUUUAUUUAGAAACAAAAACAGAAAAUUUGAAUUCCCCUCUUAUAAAAUUCUUUUCUUAGGUAUCAGUUCUUGUAACAAAGGAUUUUCUUUCCCCAUCUUUCUCAGUCUGUCUUUUUAUUUUCCUUUUCUCUAUUCUUCCCCUCUCCCCCAGAAAAUAACAAAAACAAAACCAAGCAAUCCACCUCACUUUUUUCUCGAAUAUCCUUUUGUUUCAAUAUUUACCACUGGAAGAUAAAUCACCACCAGCCACUCCCAGGGUUUUUCCAUUGUUUAAUCACUCUAGAACUGGGCUAAAUCCAUUUUAUUGUUCUCCACAUUCUGGUAUAACUUCUCCCACUGUGAUUGAUUUGUUAAAAAGUGUUCAUCUCCAUACCCAGUUAAAUCACAUGGGUUUACUUACACAUUACUGUAAAAUAUUUAAAAUUCUUUUAGUUUACAUUUUGAUUGAAAAGAAUUUCUCUCUGUAAAGAAAAAAAAAAAGAAAAUGUCUUAUAGUUAGUUAGUUAGCUAGCUUUUUAAAAUAUUGCAUUGAUCUGAAAACUAAUUAAUAAGCACAUUCAAAGCCACAAAUUUCUAGGACUGCUUUAUAGGUCAACUGUGCUAGUCGAUAAAACAUCUACCUACCUUAAUGUUGUUUCAAGUAUUUUGACCAAGAAACUCCCUUGAACUGAUGUUGGCAAGGAAGAUGUUCCACUGAGGCCCUGGGCUGAAAUGCAUGAUAUUGGCAGGUAGGCAGGUGAUUCUUAGAGAUUUCAGCAUAAUUUGAAAGUUAAACAUUCAUCUGAAUUUUUAGGAUUUUUAGGAAAUUGAAACUUGUUCUUUCUCUAAAUGUUUUCUUCUUUUCCUAUCUGAAAUUAUACAGGGGGAAGAUGGGGUUUUUGAGUGAAGCAACUUCCAUUUAAAAAUCAUUAAGGAUUAUUAGGAACCCAGGGAGGAUUAGGUGAGGAACAGAGCUCAUUAAUCUCAGGUUCUAGGUAAGAUCUUCUCUCCUGGCUCAGCAAUUAGAUGUGUCCACACUUUCCUUGGAAGCAAGGUAGUAAUCCACUUUUACCUUCCAGGAACAAUUAACAAAACACUUCUGAUACUUGGGUCAGUUGAUGACUGGCCCCUCUUUUCUACUGGGCACUUCUUUUAAUUCUCAUGGGUGGUCAUUAUUCAAUUUGAAAACCUUUUUGAUCUCCUAUAGUAUGAAAGAAUUCACACAGAGUUGUAUAUAAUAAGACGACUAUUUUAAUUGUUAUUAUUUUGAGGUUUUAGUGUGCUUUGUGCAACAGGAAAUAUGAGAGUUCAUAUGGGCUUAUUUCUAUGUAUUGAAUCAGGAGAUAAAAUGUGGAUCUUACCUAAGUCCAGUAUCCAAUUUUACUAUGUCAGAGCAAAUCUAGAGAGAUGAGUAACUGGAAGCCAGUACUUUAAGGGAUAGUCUUUGACACCAGAAAUACAGGAAGCAGAAACCUGCUUUUAAGGUUGACAAUAAGAAAAAAGUUCUUAGUCGGCUGCAAAAUGUUAUUCAGACAUUACAUCCUCUGCAGCCAUAGGCAUUGCCAAGAUCCUGAGAAAUAAAAUCCCUGUUUAUUUCCCUUUUUAAAAAACAAAACAAAACAAAACAAUUUUGUCAUAUUACUGGAAAUGAAGUAAGGGGCUCCAUGUCCUUUUUUUUCUUUUGGCUGUCCCUUCUAGGUAUUUUCUUUAGCUCAGAGGAAAAAGGAAGCAGCAUGUACAGUGCACUGGCUUGGAAGACAGGACCUGAAUUCAGAUCUUCCCUCUGAGUCUCACCACCCGUGUGAUCUGUGGCAAAUGACUUUUCCUUCCUCAGUCUCAGUUUGCUCAUCUGUAAAAUGAGAGUCUGGGACUAGAGAUGGUCUCUGAAAUCCCUUCCAGCUCUAAGUUUUUGAACCUGUAAAGAUAAAGCUCAGUUAAAUAAUCAAGAAAGCAGCAGUGAAAUAACCCUUCUGAAACACAUACAUAAAUGUUCAGAGUAAUAGCUUUCAAUAUACAAAUAGGACACUUGGUUAAGGAAGGGCUGGGAUUAUUUGAAUAUUGUUUAAGUAGAUAAUGAUUUUUUUCCUCCCAGAGGUCAUCUGAAACUUGUCGAGAUCAUGAGUCAUUGCAAGUCAGGCUGAUGGGCAUUUUCAUUGCGUAAUUGGGCAGUAUUUUCAGUAAGUGUCCUGAAAAAUACAGUUGUCCUGGGGUCAGAACCAUGACUUGAAUGAAAAUGUCUCUUCUCAUAAACUUACAGGAUGUUAGAAUUGGAAAAGGAGACCUGCACAAUGUAUCGCAGUGAUCACUUUGGAUUCUAGAACUUUCAAAAUGAAUGAAUCCUUUUACCCGAGCCAACCCCUGUAUUAUUUUCCUUGAUGAGAAUUUCCAGGUCCCUCAAAAUGAAGUGAACUGGGGGCAACUAUAGGUGGUGCAGUGGAUAGACAGCACCAGUGCUGGAGUCAGGAAGUCCUGAAUGACCCAGAGCAAGUCACUUAACCCGCCCUUUCCCCUCUCCCCUCAAAUGAAGUGAACUACCCAAUUUUACACAAUCAUUGACAGAGCAGGGACUUGAAUCCUGAGCCAUUCUAUCACCCUUGUUGUCUGUGUGGGGAAUGGGCAGGAGCAGUGACUCCAACCCAACUGGUAAUCAUGAUAGUUUAAUAUGAUGCUAUAAAAGCUCUUCCCAAGGUAAAGUGUAAGAAGAGGUUCUUUGGAUCUUUCACUUAGAGUAAAUGCCAAAGGAAAGGGCAUUUGAUCCAUAGUGAGAUAAUUUUACAUUAUAAUCUUAAGCAAGCAAAAGGACUGCAUAUGAGGGGUUGUGUCUAAAUCAGGGCUGCAGAAGAAAAUGCUUUUUUACAUAUUUUCUCUGAAUAUGUUGCAGCCUUUGAAUCUGGGUUUUGAACAGAGAAGUUUCAUUGGGGAUUAUCUCCAGUACACCUCUGGACAGUCCCCUUCCAUUUGGGAGUCCUAGUUUAUCAUUGGACUGAGUGAAAGGAAUGAUCUGGAUACCUUUCUGAUGGUAGGUGAGUCAACGAGCUCAUUUGGAAAAACUUGAACAGCCAAAUGUAAGAGUCACCUGUGAAAACCAGAUCCAAGUGCUAGAAUUGCAAAAACCAGCCCUGAAGUUUGCACCCCAAAGACGUAAAUUUAUAAUAUGCAUAUUCUUUUCCUUUGGAGGAAUUCACACUUUUUUAUAACACCUUCAGAUAAAGUUUUUGUUUUUUCUUUCUCUGUAGCUGUUGAGAGAACCCAAUUUUUAAAGGUGGCCUUCCUCAAAGUACACCAUGCUUUAAAAGGCAAGGAUAUCUAAAGGUCCUUCACUUCCUCUGUUUUGGGGAUAGCUUGCCCAAACUUUGCCCGUCUCCCUGCCAGCUUUCACAUAUUUUUCUCCCUGCUUUCUUGAUUGUUCAAUGUAUCACUGAGCAGAAAUUUUUGCAAUACUUGUUUUUUAAUUCUUUUUGUUUCACAUCUUUUAUCUCAGGAUUAUCUAUUAUGAAUUCAUAAUUGUAAGCUUUUAUAUGUGUGUGAAAGUUCCAUGAUUUUUUUUUAAAGGAUCUUUUCCCUCUCUUUCCAAUUCCAGUAUGGAGAACUGACUGUAAACUGUACAGUAAAGAACAGUAUUAAGCCAAAGAAGCUGGCUAAAACUGGUUGAUUUAAAAAAAAAAGUAGGGAAACCCUUUAUUACAGUUUUAUUGUUUAUGAUAAUCUGUGUAGAUAAUCAUUACUAAAUAAAUGACAUAUCUUUCUGAAUAGAAA